GACUGCGAGAGAGAGAGAGAGAGAGAGAGAGAGAGAGAGAGAGAGACAUGCACGUGGAAGAAUAGUAUCAGCACUGGUUGAAUAUGGACUCCCAGCACAGGGCAGCUCUGGAUAUCUCCACCAGGAAUCCUCAGGACGAUUUUGAGAUCCUGCUGAGAGUCGGAGGAGGAACGUACGGGGAAGUUUACAAGGCACGUAACAAGCAAAAUGGCGAGCUGGCAGCAAUCAAGGUCAUCAAGAUGGAGCCAGAGGACGAUUUCUCCAUCAUUCAGCAGGAGAUCGUCAUAGUGAAAAGCUGCAAACAUCCCAACAUCGUGGCUUAUUAUGGCAGCUACAUACGAGCUAAUAAACUGUGGAUCUGUAUGGAAUUCUGUGGAGGAGGCUCCCUCCAGGACAUCUACCAUGUAACAGGUCCUCUGUCUGAGCCACAGAUAGCCUACAUCUGCAGGGAGAUGCUACAGGGUUUGGAUUAUCUGCAUGCACAGAAGAAAAUCCACCGAGAUAUCAAGGGCGCCAACAUCCUCCUCAAUGAUCAGGGCGAGGUCAAGCUCGCUGACUUUGGGAUCUCAGCUCAGAUCACAGCAACUCUGGCUCGGCGGAUGUCCUUCAUCGGGACACCAUAUUGGAUGGCACCAGAGGUGGCAGCGGUGGAGAUAAAAGGUGGCUACAAUGAGUUAUGUGACAUCUGGUCUGUGGGCAUCACAGCGAUAGAGCUGGCAGAGCUGCAGCCGCCAAUGUUUGAUGUGCACCCUCUACGUGUCCUGUUUCUUAUGUCCAAGAGCAGCUACCAGCCUCCUAAACUGAAGGACAAAUCUAAAUGGUCGUCCACAUUUUAUAACUUUGUCAAGGCCAUGUUGGUGAGGAACCCGAAGAAGAGACCAAGCGCCUCCAAGAUUCUCUCAAACAUAUUUUUGACUCAGCCGGGUCUAAACCGAGAGCUCACCCUGGACCUGCUGGAGAAGUUUCACCAUCCUGAGAAACUGAAGACUUGUCAGGGGAUGGAGGAUGAAGAAAUGGAGGUAGUAGUUCCUGGAUCUUUAAGGAGGAUCCAGUCCAUCAACAAACACAACCGGGCAGAGAGAACAAACUCUGACAUAAGCUUGGAACAGAUCUACACUCAGCGGACAUUACGGAAAGAGUCACCAAAUGUUACAUUAAGGCAUUCUCUGGGAUCGACUGGCAGUUGCAAGAGUCCAGAGAGGGAUGAGGACACAGACUCGGAUGAUGACUAUGACGAUGUGGAUAUCCCUACGAUACAAGCCACCAGUGACAUCAGUUAUGAAACUCCACCUCCACUUCCUCCAAAGCCCAAAGUGCGGACAAGCUCAGAGGAAAGCAUCCCGGGGGAAGAUGAUCUGGCAAGGAGAACCAGCAGCUCUCUGUACGCCCCUGCCCUCCUCAGGACCUCCAGUGGGACACAUGUCAGACCCACACCCCAACCACGGACAUCACGACACUCAGACCCUGCAUCCUUACCUGUCCAGUUUAAUGUCAACCCGCCGGACCUUCUCCCUCCUGAACUUCCUCCUAAAGGCAUACGCAGACGGCGGCCUCCAUCAAAGGACCCUGCUGAGUGUGUCAGUCCCAUCAUAAAGAAACCUCCUGUCUACUUUAAAAAGAUCUUCCAUGGCUGCCCUCUUAAAAUCAAUUGUUCCACGGCCUGGGAAAACCCAGCUACCAAAGACCAGCAUCUGAUCCUGGGAGCAGAAGAAGGGAUCUACACCCUGAACCUCAACAGCUCAGAGGCCACAAUGGAGCUGUUGUAUCCUGGAAAAUGUACCUGGGUCUACACCAUCAAUAAUGUCCUCAUGUCUGUGUCAGGCAAAUCAUCGCAGCUUCACUCCCAUUCACUGAAGGAGUUGUUUGAACAGGCUCGGAAAGACCAGAGGAUGGUUGCCUUGCCAACUCACAGACUGUUACCAAGGAAAUAUACAGUAACGUGUAAAAUACCUGAUACGAAAGGCUGCAAGACCUGCUCUGUAGCAGGUAGUUUGCAGCAAGGAUGUGUGUUCCUGUGUUGUGCUCUGGAGUCCAGUGUGGUGCUGCUGCAGUGGUACGAGCCCAUGCACAAGUUCAUGCUCAUUAAGACUUUUGAUUUCCCUCUUCCCAGCCCUCUGCGGGUGUUUGAGAUGGUUGUGUCCCCCCAGCAGGAGUAUCCACUGGUGUGCAUCGGUGUGACUCGAGGGUCCAGCCCCAACGUGCCAGUCAAUGUGGAAUACAUGAACCUCAACUCCAACACGUCCUGGUUUACCAGCUCUGGCCUUGAGAAACCUUGCCCAGACACAGUACAAGUAAACCAGUUGGACAGCAGCUCACUGCUUGUCCUUGUAGAAAAGUCAGUACAUAUAGUUGAUCUGAGGGGGGAGCUGAAGAGCAGCAGGCAUUUUACGCAGGACACCACCUUCUCUGUUGAGGUUGAAUCUGUAGUGUAUUUCCAGAACACGCUGUUGGCAGUGUGGCGUCACGGCUGGCAGAGGAGAGGACAAGGUUUCACUGAGGUGCUGGAAGAAACCACUGACCCCAGGAAGAUCUACAGACUGGUGCAGUCAGACAGGAUGAUCAUUUUGGAGACACAUCAGACUGAGGACCAGUCGGGGCUGUCCAACCUGUACAUCCUGGAAAAUGCAGAGAACUAUGUAUUGUUGGGCUAAAACGUCAACCUGCUGCCUCAAGGCAUGAUGGGAGACCCCACUUCUUCAUGAAUGCCUCCACAUGGGACUUGCAGCAGAUAUUUAGGUCCGCCAUCAUGAGCUUUGUGUGGCUUGGAUACAUCAAUCCAGCGGGUUAUGAUCUUUUUCACGUUUAUUCCUACAUGGUUUGUGAGAUGCAGAAGUCCACACCGCUGAGAUUACCCAAUACUGUUAUUGAAGAAUUUUUUUUAUUUUUGCACUAAAGAGGAUUCAGCCACAGUAUUGCAGUUGAUCCCUGCAGGAACUGAAAUGUGUGGCUUUUCAGACACCACAUACAAGGAUAAAGGACUGGAGCAUAGCAGUGCUGCUGCUGCUGCUUGUUUUUGUUACCUGUGUUUGCAUAUCAGUGCUGCAUCAAAGAUACACUUUUUACUGCUGUUACACUGUAAUAAAGUUAAUUAACACAA